GUUAACGGUGUGAAUAUAAUAUCCGGAAGUAAAAGAUUACUGGUUUCUAUAAUCUGGCGACGAGGUGAAAGCAGAAGAUGGAAACAGAAAUGCGUGCUAUACCAUCGUUUUAUUAUGAACAAAUCGAGCGCUCUCGGUUAGCGAAAGAAUGGAAAUCUUGGAAAGGCACUCUUGAGUGUUACUUUGAGGCUCAUAAUAUUGAUGACCAGAAGAUAAUGCGAGCCAAGAUGCUCUACCUUGGUGGUCCGCAGUUACAACGAGUUUUUGCUAACCUACUGGACACGGAAAAAUUUCCUAUGGUCGCUAUCGAGAAACGUUGGUAUGAUCUCGCGGUUGAAAAACUGGAUAAUUUCUUUAAACCAGUGAGACAGGAUACGCUUGAAAGACAUCGUUUACGAGCGAUGAAGCAAAAGAAGGAUGAACACUUUGCGCAGUAUGUACUCCGUUUACGACAACAAAUAUCUGAAUGUGGUCUCGAGAAGUAUCCAUUAGAAAUUUCAACGGUUUUAACUGAAAUUACUCUGAUAGAUGUCAUUGUGCAAGGAUGUUUAUCUAACGAAUUGCGCAGUCGGAUCUUGAAGAAGGAUCAAACUCUUUCACAAAUCGAGGCUUUAGGGGCUAUGAUUGAAAGUGUUGAGGAACAAGUUAAGAGUCUGUCUAGCUCUCAACUAAAUGAUGAGAGAGUUUAUCAUGUUGAGGAGCAAAAAAUUGGAGGAUUGCAGGUUCCAAAGUUUGAUGAAGCAGUUCACCGUACUGUGAAAAAUUCGAUGAUCCGCAGCAACCAAAAUCCACAUGAUCGUGUAGCGUGUUUCAGUUGUGGGAGACACGGUCAUUUUUCGAAUUCUCCACAUUGUCCUGCGCGAGUUAACGAUCGAGCAUCGCAUGGAAUUUGUAGACCAGGCGGAUAUUAUGCUGCUUGGCUGAUAAACAAAACAUCGGAUCCGCUAGCGAAGGAAUUGGAAGCGUGAUCAUAAAAUAAACAUCAUCCGAGGCCCGCCCGCAUGGAGCUGAGUUGUCAUAUUUAGGGUUUAGCUGAUAAACGAUCAUGUUAGCAUUAAGAGAAGAAUAAAGUUAGUCUUAGU